CAUUCUUUCCUAAUACACACCAUAGCCAUAGCUUGAAAGCACAAUGGCUUCUCCUAUCGUUCAUUUCUCUCUCCUCAUACUGUCACUUCUCUUCGUUUCUUGCAUCUCAGAAGGCAAACCUCGUCCCUUCAUCUUACCCAUCGCCAAAGACUCAAAAACCAAUCUCUUCUACACUUCACUCGGCCUAGGAACUCCUCGACACCACAUGGACCUAGUGAUCGACCUCGGAGGACCAUUCCUGUGGUACGAUUGCGACAAAACCUACAAUUCCUCAAGCUACCACCCUGUCCAUUGCGAAUCCAAAAGCUGCCCUGGAGGUGCUCCAUGCACUGGCUGCACCAGUGGCCCUUUCAAACCAGGUUGCUCCAAUGACACGUGUGGAGCUUUCAUACUAAACCCUUACGCCGACGCUAUUUUUACCGGCGAUUUUGGUGAGGAUGUCUUGUUCCUGUCUCAGUCUCACACCGUACUCCCUGGUCUUAUUUCCGGUUGCACUUCCACUGAGGGUAGCUCUCUUCUAAAUAACCUACCCCAAACUGGUAAAGGGAUAUUAGGCCUGGCAAGAACACAGCUUGCGUUACCAACGCAGCUUUCACUGUCUCGCAAACUUCCUCGUAAGUUUGCCAUUUGUUUACCAUCUUCAAACAAGCAUGGACUUGGCAACCUCUUCAUUGGCGGGGCACCCCAAGAUGCUUCCAAGUUAACUCUCUUCACCACUCCUCUUGUUGUCAACCCCUUCAGCACAGCUCCAAUCUUUUCUGAAGGUGAACCCUCUUACGAGUACUUCAUAGUUGUGAAAUCAGUCAAGGUUGAUGGGGGAGCCAUAAACUUCAAGCCUUCCCUGCUUUCCAUUGACAACAAGGGACACGGUGGAACCAAAAUUAGCACCAUCAAUCCCUUCACCGCUGUGCACAGUGCCAUAUUCAAACCCCUUGUGAGAGAAUUUUCCAAGAAGGCUGUUGAUAGAAAGAUGAGAAAAGUUACACCGGUGGCACCGUUUGGGGCGUGUUUUGAUUUCAGCAGCAUUGGUAGGACCGUGACUGGACUGGAUGUGCCCACUAUUGAGCUGGAGCUGGAAGGAGGAGUAACGUGGAAAGUUUAUGGUGGCAAUUCGAUGGUAUUGGUGAACAAAAAGGUGGCAUGCCUUGGAUUUGUGGACGGAGGAAAAGAUGCAGAGACAUCGGUUGUUAUUGGGGGACAUGUCUUGGAGGACAACCUUGUGGAGUUUGAUUUGGUUUCCUCCAAACUAAGCUUCAGCUCCUCCCUACUGCUUCAUAAUGCAAGAUGCUCCCACAUAAGAACCUGAUUUUAUCUCCCUGAACUGGGUUUGGGUUUGAUCAUGUCUUUAAUAACUUCUAAGUUACAUCCCUUUUGCUUCUCAUUUUGCUUUGAGAUAACAAGGGCUCCUAUGUAUAAUUUCCUUUGAGUGGUUUCAAAAUUUGAGCAGUUGUGUUUUGAAUCUUGACCAUUGAAGUUUAUGUUU